GUUCAGCUCGAGCUCGCAGGUGCAUAUGUCGAGGAGGACCGCGCAACACUCCCUUUCAAGGCACACCUCAAGGCACUCGCAGAAGCCAACGGCUGCACUACCCAGGAUGCUGCCGCCUGUCUCGAUCAGCACCACGGGUACAGCAACAAGAAGAAAGUGUGGGUCGCGAUCAAGAAGGCCGGCAAGUCGAAGAAGGAGGUCGACUUGCACGCGCCACUCGUCGCCGCAAUGACCGCCAUCAUGGAGCGUUUCGAUAACUUGAAGAAAGCGACGGCGUCUGGAGAUAUUGAACGUCGCGCCGUCAGGUCGUGCAACGUGGAGAUGCCGCACAACGCGAACGACGCAACGAAUGUCAAGGGUCUGCGAUCCGAGCCUGGCAUCACGAUUCUCGGCGUCGGCCCGUCAGCGACCAAAGACCGUGCGAUCGCACCGCAGCCUAAGUACUCGCAGGUCGUCAGUCUGUGGGAGGUCAAGGUGGCCCCGACGUUUCUCGACGAGCAGCAGCAGCAGAUCGCGGUAUAUGCGAGGGAGACGUUCAUUCAACAGCCGAACCGGCGAUUCGUUUACGCGACGUUCAUCACUGGCGACACCGUUCGUGUGUGCCGGUACGACCGAUCGGGCUGCUACUACUCCCAGGAGAUCGACUACCACGAGGACGCAGUGUUCUUCGUCCAGCUCGUGUUUCUGCUCACCUCCACCGACGAGGAACUUGUGGGCUUCGACACGUCGAUCUUCUGGAGAGACGGCAAGCGAUUCCUGAGCUUUGUGCCGGAGGAGACGUGGGAUUUCAGCGAGCGCAAAUGGAGACCCAAUAAAGAGAGUGCCACGAUCACGUUCGCUCUGGAGGACGAUCCGGUGUUCUCGAGGCGCACGAUCCGGUCGCGGGGGACUGUGUGCUGGGUGGGCACGCACGACGGCGAAGAGUAUCUCAUCAAGGACUACUGGCGUGCCGAGGGUCGGACGAGCGAAUCGAUCUUCCUUUAUGACCUAGCGGGAAUCGAGGGCGUUGCACAGAUGUUCGCUUGGCAACGAGAUAUUGAGGCCACCCACAUCGGCCGCGGGUUUGCGCCUGACGAGAGGAUGGUGUGCGCCGGCGAGACGCCUGUGCCAGUGGUGUCACGGUACAGAGAGCGCACGGUGACUCUGCGGUAUGCUGGUACACUCGAGACGGCGACAUCGCUCCGGGAGUUUCUGCUUGGUGCGCGCUCGAUCGUGCGAGGACACAAGGCCGCUCUCAUCGAGAAGGGCAUCCUGCACCGAGAUAUCAGCCUCACGAAUCUGCUAUUGUCGGGACGGCCGGGCGCCCAGGCCGUGAUCAUCGACUGGGACCUGGCUGUCUAUAUCAAAGAUAUGCAGGGUCGUGUUGUUACGGAAGAGGAUGCUCGCACAGGCACUAUCGCAUAUCGGUCCGUCAAAGGCUUGACCAUGGUCAACAAAUUUUCCACCCAAAGCACCCUGCAUCAUCAAGACAACAUGGAUGAUCUCGAAUCGGUCUUCUACGUCCUUUCUCGGGCAUUGAUGGAUUACAACCAAUUGCGCGAAUGGCAAGGUCUGCAAAACUUCCGAGAUUGGGACGACGGGUCUUCCAUGCCCCAUCUCGUCAUCGCCUCGAAGACUCUGUUUGUGACGAGGCCUUAUCUUUGGCCCCCCGCUCAGCGCUACUCCGGCUCUGAUUCCGAUGCGGCGGAGACAGUUCUAGAAGGCUUGGCCAAGUUCCUGGAACAACGUAUAUUGGAAGUUGAAACUGCAACGGUCACGCGAUCCAAGCCCGCUCCAUUGGCGGUUUACUCGAUUGAACGCGCUACGGCAGAAUACGAUCGAUAUAUCGCCAUCCUCAAUGAGGGCAUUGAAAGCCUCCCUGAAGCGGUUCAACCUGCAUCUGCAACGGUCAUUCCCCGUUCGGUUAAGCGAGAUCGCGCGAUUGAAGACCAAGACGAGGGCAACCUCGGCGACGACUCCCCUGGUCCUUCAAAGCGGGCUGCAUACUUGGCUGUUUCAGCGACCAAGCUGUCAGAGAGCUCUCGCGCUGGUCGUUGAACAUGUAAAUACCUGGGUUCUUAUAUAAACUUGUGCACGCGUUGUCUUGGAUAUAACUUGGCAUUCUUGUCGUCUGCGUGUGGUAAGAAAUAUGCUCGCGCGCAGAGCAAGCCUUCCAUUCAUAUUCUUCCACUGAAAGCACAGCUGAACACCUGAUUUGCUCUAGGCAAGGUGUAACUACCUGGACCCGGGCGAGCUUCCGGCUCGCAGUCAGAAUUUGCGAUGCAUUCCGCGCUCUCGGCCAGCCUCAAGAAAUCAGGUAAAGGAUAUAUCCCAAGUCUGACCACGAAGCAUGGAAAGGCCUGAUAUCUCAGCCUGAGAAAGACGAUCUGAGCAUGGUCCGGACAAAUUCUCGUCACGAGUCUCACCGCGAUGUACUCAUGCCAUGGCUAGCUGUGGGGUCGCGAUGUCCAAAUGAUUUAGGGGACUACCAGAGCGCAUUCCUCGGAACAGUCUGGCGCAUCCCGAAUCAAAGCCAUCCCCCGAUGUGAUAUCUCGCUAGACGGAAACUCAGACACGCAUGUCUAUUUAGGGUGUACUUUCGCGGCAGUUCAUGUAUACAGGGU